AGGUCACCUCCCCUGACCUCGAGAGGAUGGGGACACCCCGGGGAGGACGGCCGCAGCCUCUAGGGGGCUCUCGGGAGAGUAGCCCCGGGCCCCUAGCGGGCGCGGGCCAGGUGGCAGCGCCGGGGCUGAGCUGCGCGGAGGAGGCGGCCUCCCUGGCCAGGGGCGGCGGCAGGGGCGGCCCUGGGAUCACAUGGGCGGAGGCAGGUCCCGGAGUCCCGGGCGGGCUCUCUCCAGAGUCGGGCAGACGGCUGCGGCGGGAACGGCGGCGUCUCCUCGCCUCCCUCCUUCCUUCCCUUCGUUCCCCGGCCCGGCCGCGCAGCCCGACAGGUGAGCGGGAGCCGGGUGAGCGCGCCCACCUGCGUGCGUCCGCACGGCCGGCGACCUCCCCGGCCCCGGCGCCCUCGCAGCUCUGCGCGCCCGCGGCCGGCUCGGCGCCCGGACCUCUCCUCCGCGCACGGCCGCUCCCCGCAGCCUCGCCUGUGGUCGGCGCCCCCCCGCUAGCUGGGCUUUCCCGUCCCGGGUGCUCCUCCUCCAGCCCCCGGCGUGCGCGGGUACUUUGGUCUCGGAGCUCAGAAGGAGCCAGAAGUGGGCAAGCCGGGCCGACGGUCUGGGCACCUCCCCGCGGCCCCCGAGCGGAGUCCACUGGCCGGCUCAAAGGUAUGGCGCUGACGGUGGACUUGGUGGGACCCGCACCCUGGGGCUUCCGCAUCUCGGGCGGCAGGGAUUUCCACACGCCUAUCGUGGUGACCAGGGUAAUUGAGGAGGGCAAGGCCGAAGCUGCUGACCUCCGGCCCGGUGACAUUAUUGUGGCCAUCAAUGGUGAGAGUGCGAAGAGCAUGCUGCAUGCCGAGGCCCAGAGCAAGAUCCGCCACAGCCCCUCGCCGCUGAGGCUGCAGCUGGACCGGCCUCAGGUUGCCUCUCCCGGGCAGACCAACGGGGAAAGCUCCCCCGAAGUGCUGGCCACUCGCUUCCAGGGCUCCAGGAGGACACACACCGACAGCCAGUCCUCCCUGCGGUCUUCCUGCUCCAGCCAGGCCUCCCUCAGCCCCCGGCCAGGCAGCCCCUUCUCCACCCUGCCCCCCGCCAGCCCCCAGGCCCCCGCGGGAGAGGUGGUGACCAGCCACAGUUUCCAGAGCCUGGCGUACUCCCCGGAACCCACUACUGCUGACCACUUGUCCUACAGGGGCCGCCCCGGAAGCCGACAGGCCGGCCUGGGCCGUGCUGGCGACUCGGCUGUGCUGGUUCUGCCGCCGCCGCCUUCCCCAGGUCCCCGUUCCUCCAGCCCCAGGCUCAGGUACCACGUGGCCUCGGAAGGGGAAAGCCACCUCCUGAGAGAGGACUCAGAAGUCUUCAAAAUGCUGCAGGAAAAUCGCGAGGCACGGGUGGCCCCCCGGCAGUCCAGCUCUUUUCGGCUCUUGCAGGAAGCCCUGGAGGCUGAGGAGAGAGGUGGCACACCCACCUUCCUGCCCAGCUCGCUGAACCCCCAGUCCUCCCGGCCCACUUCCAGGGCCCUGGCCAUCCCACCCAAGCUCCACACGUGUGAGAAGUGCAGCGCCAGCAUCGCGAACCAGGCCGUGCGUAUCCAGGAGGGGCGGUACCGCCAUCCGGGCUGCUACACCUGCGCUGACUGUGGGCUGAACCUGAAGAUGCGAGGGCACUUCUGGGUGGGGGACGAGCUGUACUGCGAGAAGCACGCCCGCCAGCGCUACUCCACACCGCACACCAUCAACUCCCAGGCCUGAGCGCCCGGCUGUGCUCUCAGACCGCCCUCCACUCUGCAGGCACCUCCGCACCCGGGCCGCGCCAAUAUCAAGUUGGCCUGGAAAGGCGAUGGGGGCUGGUGAGGCCCCUUCCUCCUCGCUGAGUGAGGCCAGAGGCUAGGACCUGCCUGUGCUGUGGGUGAGGGCAGCCUCACCUUCCCAGGGCUCUGCUGGAUACUCUCGCAUCCCCCUGCUGGACAGGCUCUGCGUCAAAGUGCGAAGUGGGUGCUGCCUUGGACACCUUUGUGUACCAGGAGUUAAGCAGGCUGGGACAUGGAGAGAAGUAUCUGGAAGGAGAGGGCUGGGCCAGAGGCUACAGGUAUUCACUGUGUAAAGUUUUCAACAUACGAGCUCUAUAAAUAUAUACUGUACGUGGACAAAAUAAAGUAGGUGCCCCUCUUUUCUCUCCUUCCCUGCCCCAGCCCCUGGGGAUGAGCUUCUCCCUACCACUGGGUGGAGAGUCUUCCUACGUACAAUUUUUCUCCCCUCUUAUUUCCGCCUCCCUCAAACCUCCACCCUACCAGGUGCCUCAGCACGUGGCGCUCCUGACUGAAGACACCCACCCCUGUUAGUGGAGGGCCGUGCUCUUCCUGGACCCUCUUUUAAAGAUGUGUGUUUUAUUGGGAUGAUCCCUGGUAGAGGAAUGAGUUUCUCACUGGGAGCCCGAGAGGGGAAGGGAUGCUAGAGGGCCAGCAGCAAACAGGAAGCAGGCCCUGAGACUCCUGCCCAGGCCUGUCUCCGCGAGACAGUAUCUGCGCUGGCGCUCUGUGCCCCUUGCUUUACUUGGUAUGGAGGCUGCUUGCCCUGCUGACGCACCCAGGGGAGCUCGGUGGGCCAGAGAGGGGGCAACAUCUAAAGAACGUCCUGCGCUUGCCUGAUUCUGUCUGCACCCGUUUGAGAAAGCUUAUCCCAGGAGUAACCUUGGACAGGGCUAUGAGUUAGCUUUCCCUGGGAGGGACAACCCUGCAGCGCCCCUACCCUGAGGACCAACACCCUCCAAGCCAGGGUUGGUCUGCCUGCCCCUUCCCUGGGAGCCCCAGCUGGCUUCGCUGGUGGUUGAUUUGAAAGCUGCCGCUAGGCAGGGGGACAGUGGUCCUCUGCCAGAUUUUUGGCUUGAUUCACCCAUCACUCCCAGUCCUAAUUCCAGAGGACACUUCAGAAAGGUGCAUGGGUGCUGCUGUGUGCUCUAGACCUACCUUAUCGUCCACUCAGCCUGAGGGAAAAGAUCAAAGCUGGGCUUCAGAGGGUGCUUUGUGCUAUCUGGCUCUUUUGGGAAGGAAUCUUGGCAGAGACUGUGUAGUAUUGCCUCCCCAGGCACCUUGAUGUAAUUUACACCUUGCUAUAAUUGUCUCACCUUUUGCCUGGAUGGCUGUCUUUAUUUUCAUAGGAAAGAUCAAGGCUGUCUGCGGCUCAGGAGUUGUCAGGCCAGAACUGUCUGGUCCCAAGUGGGAUGGGCUCCUUGGCGCCACCUAGUGUCAGGUGUAGCCCUUGGCGGGGAGAAUGCUCACAAAAGGGGAUUCACUCCUCUGUAAAUUCUCAGGUCCUGGCACAGUGGGAGUACAGAGAUAGAGCACUUUUCUGGCUUUGCUAAAGAUAAUAGUCAAGUGGCAGCGACUGAGAUGGCAUGCAUGAAAUAAUGUUACAUGGUAGUGAGUGUAAAGAACUCGUGCUGAACAGACAGGAGCGCCCUGAGAGUUCAGAGCAGGGGCCGUGGGUGUGAGAGGAAGAAAGGACACAGACAGAUGGAGGAGAGAAAUGCAGAGUGAGGGGCUGAGUGCAAGUGGCAUGAUCAGUUUAGGGCAGCGGCUGAAAGCGACACUGAGAUAAGAUUGGAAAGGAAGAUGGGAGCCUUGAAUGUUGUAAGAUAUGGUUUGAAUUUCUCCUUGCAGCUCUGGGGACACUGAAACAUUUUCAGCAGGUAA